UCCUGCUUCGACAUAGUCCCGUCGCUCCGCCUGGUGGUGACGGGUGGGCCGGAUGGCUUGGUGCGGCUCUGGGAGCCCACACAGAGCGCGCCGCACGCGACCCUCGCCGCCCCCACAGCGCCACCAGUCCUGGGCGUGGCAGUGCUGACACAACUGCAGGUGGUCAUGGCUUACUGUGGGAAUUGUACGAUUCACAUCUGGGAUAUGUACGAAGAAUGCUUACUUCAAAGCCUCAAAAUCAAUUAUCCCUUUCUUGGAGUUAUCGGGAAGAAAGUGGAGUUUGGAACGUAUUGCGUUUUUCCUGGCCCAUUGCGAAAAACAGAAGAGACUUUGGAAAAACCGGCGUCUUCUAGGAGGGGCUCCAGCGUGUAUCCAGUCUCCGGUGGAGGUUUGGUGCUGGUCUCUGAAGCCGAUGAAGGAAAGAUGCCUGAUAGAUUCGAGGACGACCCGGAGUAUGCGAAGUACAGCCGCAGCGAGGUGAUGGUGACGUGCUGCGAGUACGCGUGUCGAGUGCGCGUGCGGCCCGCGGGCAGCUCCCCCCUGCCGCCCCCCGGCCCCGCGCGCCGCCCGCGCCGGCCCUCGCUGUGGGACCUCAGCCGCCGCAGCCCCGCCCGCACGCCCGAGCGCUCCCCUCAGACUCUGUCUCCUCGCCUCUCCACACCCUCGGAGCCACCUGGAACUGAUCACAUCAACAAAGAUUUGGAUGAAAUCCUCAAGAAAGCUGGUCUGGAAGGGAUAUUAGAGAAGAACUUCGUCUUGAUGCAAGGCUUGAAGCACGACUUGCACAAGAAACUGGCUGAGCUGAGCGACCGAAAUGAAUCCAUGUCCAGUGCGGUGAACAUAGGAGCCCCAUACCUGGCUCUGAAGACGUACGAGCCCUCGGCCGUGGAGCGAGCCGAAGAUAUUAUUGAAGCAUAUAAAAGAGUGCUUAAAUUUAUUCCCUCCAGUACGACGAUAACUCCUACUGCCAGCCAGUCUUCCACUCCAAGGAACACUAAAGGAACCAAGUGA